CUGUUGUUCCCUGAUCUGUUAUUACCUGUUUGACAUGUCUUCUUCAUAGACUCCAAGCUCAGUGAGGCCAGUGACUGUACUUAGCUUGUUUAAUACUUAAUCUUUAUGGCCUGGUGCAUUGUGGAUAAUCUAUGAAUAUAUGAGUAAGAAAGGGGUCAUUGGGCUGAGGGUGGGAGUGGUAUUUCUGGCAAAAGGGAUAGUAGGAAUAAAGGCACGGAUGUGAGAAACUGUUGGCCUCAUUAAAUAGUAUGUGGUUCAAUGUUGGGCUGUAAUGUGCAUGGUGGGGCAUAAGGAGAAAAGCCGGUGGGGAGACAGGGCCAGAGUGUGAGGGCCUUGAACGUCACCUUAAGGAGUUUGCAGUUGAUUCUAUAAGUAGUAGAGGCCUCCAAGACAGCUCAAAAGGCACCUGAGGGAGGCCUUCCCAUUUUACCGCUUUCUCCAGAGCUGUUAACUUCUCUUUAUCAGUACAGGUAUCCCCAGCUUACGAUGUAUUCAAGUUAUGACGAACCGCACUUAUGACUUUUUUUUUAAUCAGUAGUAGUAUGUUCUACAUAAGUGUUGUUGUAUUUUGCUGAUAGUAUAUUUGUAAGUUUAUACGUAAUGUUUCCAACCCCCAAACACAAAUAAAGAUCAGAUUUAUAAAGAUACUGUUAAUAAAAGGCAAUAAUGAAAAUUUAGAAACUUAAGUCAGAACCGAUUUACCACAGAGUGUCAGAAUGGAACCCUGUCGUAAGUCGAGGACUACCUAUACUUUGUUUUUGGAUUAUAUUGCAUGAGACUUUGCUUAUUCUCACAACUUGGUUCUCUUUUUCUCCACACUAGAUUUUGAAGACAGGCGUUAAUACAUAUCUUGCUUUCCCUCCAGAGCACAAAACUGCUUUUCAAAAUGGCUGCAGCUACUCAAGCACCAGGGAGGGGAUCUAUUCGGAAGACAAGACCUUUAGUUGUAAAGACAUCGUUGAACAACCCAUAUACUAUCUGCUGGAGUACUCUGGAGCGAGAGGAUAUGCACUUCAUAUUACAGACACUUGAAAACAGAUUUAAAUACAUUGGACUCCGGAAGAUUGAGGAUAAGAAGAAAAGGAAAAAACAGCCUUCUUUCCAAAAACAAAGCAGAGAAAAAUGUAACACAGAUGUUGAUAUUAGUGAGGAUCUGAAAGAGAAAAAGCCAGAUGAUAACCAGCAAGUGUCAGGGUGGACCCCCGUGCAUGUCAGGAAGCAGCUUGCCAUUGGAGUCAAUGAAGUGACCAGAGCACUGGAAAGGAAUGACCUACUUUUAGUCCUAGUGUGUAAGUCAGCCAAGCCUGCCAUCAUCACAUCACACUUGAUUCAGUUAAGCUUAAGCAGAACUGUGCCUGCUUGUCAGGUUCCCCGUCUCAGUGAGAGAAUUGCACCUGUCAUUGGCUUAAAAUGUGUCCUAGCCUUGGGGUUCAAAAAGAAUACCACUGACUUUGCUGAUGAAAUAAAAGUUAUAAUUCCCAGAGUACCCAGUUUAAAUGUACCAUGGCUUCCAGACAGAGUUGAAGACUCAAGGGAAAAUCUAGGGACUGAAUCUUUGGAAAGGCAAGACAAAGAGAUUUUGGAAACUUCAUUUGAAGACCUCUCUAAACACAAGAGGAAGCUGGUUGAAGGUCAGCAGGCUUCUGCUGUAGCGUUACAACCCCUGAAAAUAAAGAAACUAAUUCCAAACCCUAAUAAGAUAAGGAAACCACCCAAAAGUAAAAAAACUACUUUGAAGUAAACCUUGAAUAAACUUGUCAUUUUACACAAUUUGUAAACUGACACUUGUAAAGAAACCUUGGAACUGAUAAAAUGAACUGCUGUUACAUAUAUUCUUAGGGUACUGUUUGCUAGUGUUCCAUUCAAAUGUGUAAGACUCUCUGUAGAGCACAGAUAUGCUGAGGUUUAAAAACGCUAACUGCAGAAAAUAUUCAAAAGUAUGAAUAUCAAAAUAAAAGUUUAUUGAAACUCAUGUCCAUGCUUGUAUAAAUUUACUUUUUAAAAAGGCUGGUACAAUGGAAGCAAGAACAUCUGUGUUCUACAACACUUAAUAUUUUCUAUCAAACUUGAAAAAUGUGCCAUAGUCAGCCUGGUUCUAGUUAGUAGGGUAAGUGAAACUGGAUUGGAGAUGCAUUAUCAGUUUUAAAGGAAAGUUACUAAAUGCUAAUACAAUAUGCUGUUUUCAGGAACAAUACAUCAUUUUUGUACUUCAUGCCAAUUUGCCUUUCUUUGUAGGUAGACACAGGCUUGGGAGAAAGGCUUAAUAUCUACAGAAAAAGUCAGACAAGGUAUUUCAACCAGUUAGAAUUCACCCCUUUACAUGGUUAACUUAUUUUCUUGGGAAUCUAGCAUGUAUAAAAAAUAUGGUAAUUAAGUGAAAUACUGCAGUGGUUAAGAGCUUGGCUGCUAACCAAAAAAAAAAGGUCAGCAGUUCGAAUCCACCAGAUGAUCCUUGGAAGCCCUAUGGGACAGUUCUCUGUCCUACAGGGUUGCUGUGAGUCAGAAUUCACUCAACAGCAACAGGUCUGGUUUUUUUUUUUUUAGGUGAACUAUGGCAACGAGGUGGGCCUGGGCAAUGAUAGGGUGCCCUUCACAUCAGGAAAUGGAGCACGGGAGCAUAAGUUACCUUCCAUAAUUUACAGGG